AUGUUUGGCAUCGUGUGGAACCUCUUUGCCGCCGUACGAUAUGGCCAUCCCGUGUCCAUCAUGUCCAAAUUCUAUUACAAACCCUUUAUCCACUACGUCGACAGGUAUCGGGUAUCUGAAACAUAUCUCACACCAGCGAUCAUCAAGGUCCUCACUAACCUCGACGACCCUGGCCUCCGAGACAGCUUGGUCACCCUCCGCUACAUUGGCGUGGGUGGAGGGCCGAUCGACUCGGCUGCCCUAGGGAAGCUGAAGGCCGUCCUCCACCCGGAAGCGACCGCAUCUCAGAUCUGGGGGAUGACGGAGUUCGGGGUUGCUGCGCUCUUCCGCUGGGGCGAGCAUGAUGAGACAGGAUCCAUCGGCCGGCUACUUGAAGGGUACCAGAUCCGCCUGGUUGCUCACAAGGGUCAUGAUAGCACGACAGAGGGUCGGCCCGGAGAGCUGCUUGUCCGAUCGCCGAGUCUCAUGAGCGGGUAUAUAAGCAUGCUGCCCUCUGUCGGAGUCGAUCAAGAGGGCUGGUUCCGAACCGGCACAAUUGUUUCUGCCAAGAGUGGUAAGCUCUAUGUCGCUGGUAAAACAAUGGAGCCAUCUGACACCCCAGCAAGCACACAUUCCGGACAGUUCUCGCCUGCUCUUAGUUCACAUUCCUUUUAUCACGAUACAUGGUGA